AUGGCGAACCUCCUCUAUCGCUUUAAACGGUACAACCGCGGGCAGAAGCUAAACCUCAACUUCAUUGCCGAUCCUGAUUCUCUACCGGAAGGCAUUACCGAGGAGAUGAUCGAAGAUUAUGAGGGGGAGGAUGCUCCGGAGGAAGCCGUUGUUGCCGAGGGUCUUGCCGCUGCCAAAGGAGCCAAUGACGAGGCCGCUGCUGAUGAGGCUGCCGGUGAAGAGGCUACCGCCUGA